ACAGUUUUUACUCGUUCAUCAAGGAGCAAGUUUUAGGGCAGAUUUCAAGAAAAUUACAAGUAAAUAUUAAAACGUUUAGCUAGUUACAAGUAAUCUUGCUCUUUGUUCGAUUAAAUAACGAAAAAAUAAAGCAUAUCAUAAUAUCGAAUCUAUUAACCAUCGCUACUAAAAAUAUGAUACUGUAUAUAUGCUAAAUAUUUACCUAUACAUAAAAAAAGUGGAAACAGACAUCACGAUCGUGAUUCGCUUUACAGUACUAUAGCUAUUAUUGGAGGGGUCCUAAUUUAAACGACUACAGAUACAUUAGUGCAGUCGAUUGGAUUUGAGAUUUAAAAGCCUUAUGAUAAUGUGUACCCUUUCUUUCAUGCUUUUACUUUUUUAUUCAGUUCACUGUGAUAACAUUUAAAGAAAGGCGAUUUUUAUUUGGCACGAUGGAUAGAAGAUGUUACAGCUGUGCGUCAAAAUUUACUCUCUUCAAAAAAGAGCUGAGUUGUAAGAACUGUGGCCACACCUAUUGCUCGGGAUGCCUUGGUUAUAGUGCUCUGGUGCCCCGAUGCGGGAACACAGAACAGAAGGUCUGCAAACAGUGUCAUGGAAACCUGACUGGUCGUGGAACCCAGAACAAUGACACAAAGUGGUCUCCUCCUGAGAACUACAAAAAGCGUGUGGCAGCUCUGGAGGCCAGGCAGAGCCAGCAGGGGGCACCAUCACAGCACGGGAGCCGUAUUCCUGUCCAGAACCACUCCCUGUACCGUGGGCUGAGCAAGGAGGAUCGGGCCAUUGCAGAGAGACUGGAGAGACUGAAGUCCGAUACCAAACCCAAGACGAUUCCCUCGGAGAAAGAAAUUGAGUCCCGUCUGGCAGCCCUGAAGGCUGACCCAGCCCAGCCCAUCCCCUCUGCCUCUGAGAUGGAGAACAGGCUGGCUGCUCUGCAGGGAAGGCCCCCACCAUCCCAGACCCCCAGAGCCGUGCACCAGCCUCCAGACUCAAGAUCGCAGACUGAAAAAGCCAAUGAUUUGUUAACCCAGCUGUCUGAAGAGGUGGCAAUAGAUAAUAAAUUUGCACCACAGCCAGGCACAGGCGAAACAGACGUCCCUCUGAACAACUUAAACAAGGGUGAGAGCACUCUGUAUGGGAAUCUUGACGACCUGCAGGAGAACGUGAAGCAGCUGGAAGCAGCGAAGAGCAGAUUGCUGGAGGAGGCCAUGGCAGAGCUGAAACAGGACAACAUCUGCCAGGAACAGGUGCUGCAGAUGGCAAAGAGGCUGGCUGCUCUCAAAGGAGAGGACCCUGACAAGAUAACUGCAGAGAAUUACAAACAGCCAGAGAGUGAUGAAGAAACUGAGGAGGAGUCUGUACAGAGAAUUUUAAAGCAGCUGUCUGAAGAAGCAGCUAUUGAUGAAGCUAGUGGCUAUAACAUUCCACCUGAGUUGACCAGACCAUCAAACACAACGAAGCAAGCAGGGAAAACCAAACAGAUGCCUUCUGCUGCACCUCCAGCAGUGACUAAGAAGCCUGUCACUGUUCCCCGGGAACCAGACAGCAAUGAUGAAGAAUUGCCCUGGUGCUGUAUCUGUAACGAUGACGCCACACUACGCUGCCACAGCUGUGAUGGGGACCUCUUCUGCCAAAGAUGUUUCAGGGUAGGACAUGAUGAAUGUGACAGAAAGGAGCAUCGAACAGUCUGUUACCAACCGCCAAGAAAACAGAAGAAGAAAUGAGAUGCCUGGGGACCUUGCCAACAGUAAUAACCAAACACUUGAGUCAAGCUGAAAGUAUAUUACCUGUAAUACUGCAUGGUGUGCAUAAGACAAUAAUCCUGUGACUAAUGGAAUAAGCCAUAGAAUACAAGCAUUACCCCUCCAUGCAGACAGCCUUACUGCAUGUUGCUUGCAUUGCUGUUGGUGGAUCCAAGGCUCAAAUGUGGCAGUAAAAGUGUAUUAAUAUUAUUAUAGUGCAGUAGCUACAACAAUAUUGUACUUAAGUCUGGUUUUGUAUAUUGCCUGUUGGCUUAAAGGAAUGCUAACCAGUGGUUUAAAAUAUAUUUUAGCUUUAUGAACACCUGCCCCCUUUUGUUUUACUGAGAAUUGUUUGGAUCUUCACUUUUUAUACAUUCUGGUACCUUUCUGUAGGUCUGAUGCUAAACCAUGAACUGAUUAGUUACUAGGACUCGGCAGCAACUUUUCAUCUAUAGCAUUAACCAACAUAUCCCCAAGUGAAGAAAAGGGAGAUUGUGAUAAUACUGCUAGUGCUUAGAAGUAACAAAAUGUAAUAUUGAUUAAUGUUGUUGUACUUUAAGCACUUGUGAAACAGGUCAUUGAACUGUGGACACUAUUUCCAAGUCUUGGGACAGAUUUAAGAUUUUGUUCCUGUGCAACUAUAACACAACUAAUCUGUUGUGUUCAUUUCUAUUUGUAAGCACUUUUACAAGUGGUUUGUAUAGUUUGCACUAUAGAAAAUCCAUUCCUGGAAUUUCUAAAGAAGACGGGUGAAUAAAUGUAAAGCAGUAACAGACUUUUUUUUAGCCAAGUGUAUACUAGAUAUGUCUUAAAAUGAAAAUGCAUGUUUUCUAUACUAUGUGUUACUUUACAACCUGCACAUUGGUGACCUAUUUAAUGAAUAGAUGUGUAAAAUGGGUACGAUUUAUGGAAUUCAGUUGUUAGCUAAAAUUACUUUGUGUUUCCUGGAUGUAUUCUACCAAUUGCUUUACAAAUUAAAGAAAUCAAGUGCUGCAAACUAAAUGUAAAGAUUUUUACGAGCGGCACAUAUUUAUCCAAGCAAUCUUACUCACGCCUGAUUUAUAUUCAAUUCAACGAAUUAUGCAAAACAAAAUCCUUUUCAUUCUAAUUCUUUAUUCAAUAAUAACUUAAUUAAAUGUGGUGCCUCAAAGCAUUGAUAUUGAAAUACUGAAUUCAGUUGCGGAUUCUCCAAAAAAGCACUACAAUGAAACAAUUGUUACUUUCUGUUAAGCCCCUUGUGUGAACCGUUAACAUAUUGAGAGUACAGUAAGAUCUCUAUAUCACCUAAACAAAUUGGGAUCAGAGGGUGUUCAGAUAAUCGAAUUGCAACAAAUAUAAUCCAGCCCUUUUAUCAGGUAAAUGUACAAAAUACAGUAACGAACUGUUCUUUAAGUACCAGAGGGAUGGAGGGCUGAAUAGUGCAUUUUCUAUGACAAUGGAGAAAGCACAGCAUGCUACAAGACAGGUUACCAAGGGGCUGUUCGGAUAACUGAGGCGUUGGGCAGUCAGGGUUCGGAUAAUCAAGCUUUUAUGGUAUCGGAAUCUAGAGAGAUAUUGUCAUUUCUGCUGCAGAGCUGUGUAAGUCUAUUGUAAUUAUUUUAAUUGUUGGGGAGAACCCUGUGUUUGUGUCCUAUCUCAUUGUGCUUGCUGGUGCUAGUUAUCCAGACAUUUAAAGAGUUUUUGGUAGACGUUUCCGUCGCCUGCAAUUUCAACAUGUUGUUGGAGCCUCUGAAAUGGUGUGGGUAGGUAGCCUCCUCAUCUUCUGUUUUCUCCUUUGUUGCCUAAAAAUAAAUAAACACACAAACAAAUCAAUGGUAAUCAUUUCUACUGCAGGCUAGGCUCCUCGUAAAUUACCUUUCCACUGUACGCAUGCAAGAUGUUUCUUAUUUAAUCUGCAAUUGCAAUUUCACAGAAUCCCCGCUGAAGCACUUUAGUAGAUGAGUGCUUACAUUUCAGAGAAAUGAAGCUUGAAAUUUUAUAUUACAGAGAUGCAGUCACCCAAUAUUAUUAUGUGCCAUCUUUGCAGUUUCGCUAAGCUAGAUUGGACAGAGAUGUUUUUGUUUUUUGUACUUUUUGUAACUGACACCUGUCCUGCAACUGCUGUUCUUUUACCAGCUUAUGUUCUUCAUCUGUAGUAAAUAGAUAACCACGUCCACAUAAAUAGAUGUGGAAAAGUUUGUGGAAAUGUAAAACUCCAGGCUAGUUCUGAUUGAUUGACCUUAUCUGCUUUGUCGAUUGUGUGGUAAUCAAUCACUAGCACUAGGGGAAAAAGUGUUUCAGUUAAUUUUAACAAAAAAAACUAAACAAAAUAAUACAGGCAUAUCUCUCAAGUUGCAGACUGACCUGAUUUCAAAGUGCUACUGCAGAGAUUGCAUUUGACAGAAUCUGCCAUUCUUCAUCACUUGUGCCUCUUCUGGAUGAAAGGACACGGUACAGGCUGCCCCUCCGGUGAUCCAUAGUUCAAAUGUUGUCUGUUUAAAACCUCACUUAUGCUCUUUGUAUUUAUUCAGAAGUUGUCCUUAAUGCGCAACUUAGUUCAAGCAUAAAAUAUCACAGUUUAAUCAACAAAUGUUUUUCUCUCAGGAACUUUGAUGGUAAAAGCACCCCUGUGGUAUUACAGAGCUAUCAAGCACGCCUUCUCUCUAAAUGUAGCUGGUAUACCUGAGUGUAGCCAUUAAUUAGUUCCCCUGCAACAUUGUCAGUACUACUUCCUAUAUUUUCUGCACAAUGAUAUGGAGCAGCGGUUAAUGUUGCUGAUUCUAAUAAACAGAUAAAAUUAUUUUGUUGAGUUCAGUAGUGACAUUCCACAUUUGCAAUUAUGUGUAAACUUGUAUUUAUUGUAUGUAUGUAUGUACAUUUAUUGAUUUUGUGAAAUUCACAAAAAAAGCCCUUGCUAGGGACCAACUUAAUAAAAAAAAAAACUAUCAGAAA